AUGCCGCAUUUCCCCUUGCACGUGACGGCUCUGGAACCCGUACCUCCGCGCGCUCCAGAUUCUGGGAAGGUUUUAACGCCCUCCCGAGCCGUCCCUAUUGACGUCAGGAGCGCGAUUCCGCUCAGUGACCAAUCAGGAGUCCGGACUCCGGGGAAGCCCCGGGCGGCGGCGCUAGCUGUGCGCCUGCGCGAAAAUUCCGCGUGGCUAUAUAAACAUGGCUGGCGUGGCGGCGUAGCCGGGCCUGUCGAGAGCUCUCAGGGGUCCGCGGGCCGGGCGCCCGCCCUGGGCGCCGUGACUAAGGCGCCCGGCAGUGUCUGCGUGGAGUCCCCGGCGCCCCAGCCGCUGCGUUCCCCCUUGGGGACCCUGGUGACCAAAGUAGCUCCGGUGUGUGCUCUGCCUAAACUCAGCGGCGGCCCUAGGCUGCCCGCCCCUCAGAUCGUCACCGUGAAAGCCCCCACCACCGCGACAAUCCAGUUGCCUGCCAAUCUGCAGCUUCCUCCAGGAACAGUUUUGAUCAAAAGUAACAGCGGUCAGUUGAUGUUGGUGUCUCCUCAGCAAGGGGUGACGAGAGCAGAGACCCCACGAACCGUAACUCCCAGGCCAGCAGUACCAGUGAACACGCAAACUGUCAAAAUCUGUGCAAUGACGAAUUCUAGCUCACAGGUAAUCAAGAAAGUGGCAGUGGCACCUGUUAAAACAUUGGAACAGAGAGGAGCUACUGUGGUCACCACUGUUCCAAACCCUUCCUCAGUACAAUCUGUGUCUGUGCCAGCCAGUGUUGUCACGGUUACUCCAGUAAAGCCAGCGAAUACUGUAACUGCCCUGAAGCCUUCAGGUUUGGGAGCACCAUGUGCACCCUCCAAUGAGCCCAGUUCUAAAGCAGAGAACUCAGCAGCCGCUCAGACUGACCUCUCUCCGGCAAUGCUAGAAAAUGUGAAGAAAUGUCAAAACUUUCUUGCAAUGUUAAUAAAGCUAGCGUGUAGUGGGUCGCAGUCUCCAGAGAUGGGGAAGAAUGUGAAGAAGCUGGUGGAACAACUUCUGGAUGCAAAAAUUGAAGCAGAAGAGUUUACUACGAAACUGUAUAUCGAACUCAAGUCGUCACCUCAGCCUCACCUAGUUCCUUUCCUUAAGAAAAGCAUGAUUGCCUUACGACAGCUUCUUCCUGACUCCCAGAGCUUCAUUCAGCAUUGUGUUCAGGAAACUUCCAGCGAGGCUGUCUUUGCCACCCAUACCCCAACAGGAACAGCUCCUCCUGUGGUGACAGCUGCAAGGUCCUCUGCCCAAACUGAAAAGCCCAUCAUUGUUUCUGCAGCAACAGUGCCCACACCUGUGUCUGUGCAAACUCUGAAUCCACUUGCUGGACCAGGCGGAGCAAAAACUGGCCUUGUGACCCUGCAUUCUGUGGGCCCGGCUGCUGUGCCAGGGGGAACAACAGCUGGAACUGUUCUGCUCCAGACCUCAAAACCUCUCUUUACAUCAGUACCAAAUGCAGUAACAACAGUCUCGCUUCAGUCUGAGAAUCCAGUUGUUUCUGGAGCAGCAGUAACACUGGCUCUUCCGUCAGUAACUUUUGGAGAAAAGUCAGCUGCAACUCUUUGUCUUCCAUCAGUUAAAACAGUUGCUGCUUCUGCAGGUACCAUGUUGGACAAGCCUGUCAUUGGCGCUCCCGUCCAAAUCAAACUCGCCCAGCCAGGCGCCCUCCUGUCACAGCCAGUUGGGUUUCCGCCAGCCGUCAAAGUCAAGCAACUAGUAGUCCAGCAGCCAUCAGGAGGCCUUGGAAAACAAGGGACCACAGUUUCCCAUUCCUCAGCAUUGACCAUUCAGAAAUCUGCACAGAAGAUUCCAGUGAACACUGUAGUACCUACUACUUCCAUUCUAAAGCAAAUUACUUUGCCUGGAAAUAAAAUUUUGUCGCUUCAAGCAUCGACUGCUAUUCAGAAAAAUAAAAUAAAAGAGAACGGAACAACAGGCUUAAGAGAUGAAGAUGACAUCAAUGAUGUGACUUCCAUGGCAGGAGUCAACCUCAGUGAAGAAAAUGCCUGCAUCUUAGCAACAAACUCUGACUUAGUCGGCACACUCAUUCAGUCAUGCAGAGAUGAGCCGUUUCUUUUUAUCGGAGCUCUACAAAAGAGAAUCUUAGACAUUGGUAAAAAGCAUGACAUUACGGAAUUUAACUCUGAUGCUGUGAACUUGAUCUCCCAUGCAACACAGGAGAGAUUACGAGGCCUUCUAGAAAAACUGACUACAAUUGCUCAGCAUCGAAUGACUACUUACAAGGCAAGUGAAAAUUACAUCCUGUCUAGUGAUACUAAGUCACAGCUCAAAUUUCUUGAGAAGCUGGAUCAAUUGGAGAAACAGAGAAAAGAUUUAGAAGAAAGAGAAAUGUUACUUAAGGCUGCCAAGAGUCGUUCCAAUAAAGAAGAUCCAGAGCAGCUGAGAUUAAAGCAGAAAGCCAAAGAGUUACAGCAGUUGGAGCUCGCCCAGAUACAGCACAGAGAUGCUAAUCUCACGGCUCUGGCAGCUAUUGGACCAAGAAAGAAGAGGCCACUCGAAUCUGGAAAUGAGGGCUCAAAAGACAGUCUUGCUUGUGGGACAUCCAGCCUGACAGCCACCAAACAGUUGCUCCGUCCAAGAAUCACGAGAAUCUGCCUCAGGGACCUGAUAUUCUGUAUGGAACAGGAAAGGGAGAUGAAGUACUCUCGAGCUCUGUACCUUGCCCUUCUGAAGUGACUGCUCCACUCACCGUCCAGACCUUGUUUACUGCCAAAGAAGACAGAAAGAAAGAAUUAUUGCACUGUCCUGAAAUCUCAGUUUCUGGAGAAUAGUUAUCAAUAUGGAAGGCCUUUGUUUACCAUUAUUAUGCUUUUAUUCAGUCUUACUGUACAUCUUACAGGGUUCUUGCAGACUAGAACUCAGCUUUGUCUUCUGAAAAUCAGCUGCGAAGGACACUUUACACAGAAGUAGCAGCUGCUCUCUGUGUAUUUAAUUACAGCAGGCUAAGGCUGUGCUUGUUACUACCUGCUUUCCUCGCCUGACUGUAACAAUGAGGUGUCUUCCCUGAUAGCACUCUAAUACACCUGUGUUGAGAUGCUGAGGGAAGGAAGAGUCACCACUUACUGAGAAGAAUGUAUUUUAUCCUAAACUGAGCCUGUCUCAGAACAUGAGGGUUCCUGUGCUGGAAUCACAAGUUGCUUAGUCAACUGUAACAGCCUCCUUCUGUAGUUCAAGGUGACAGACCACGGUAGUGACCGGGUAGGCUGAGCCCCAUGGUUGUGAAAAUGAGACCAGUGGGGAGUUUGUGCCUGAGGUAGCCAGUUCUUGGCUCCUCUCACCAUGUGCUGCUUCCGAUACCAAGGGAGGGGACAGCUUUGUCAGGGAAGCCUUAAAAUUGAAGCUGCUGCCAGUACACCUCGUUGGAAAUGGUAGAAAGUGCAAGAAGGAAUGGUGAGGCAUUGAGUUUAAACUGAGCAGGGAAAAAUGAAAAUUUCCAUUUUCGUAACACAGGAAAUGGAGUACACAUGUCCAAAGGGGAAGGGGUACAAGUGGACUCCAGAACAGCAGGUGCACACUCUUGUUGGGGAAAAUAUCAUAGCCCAGCCCAAAUGGAGAGCAUAUCAAACAUUUUUGAAUUACAGUGCUCUUUCAAAAGGAAGUUAUUUUUUGCUUUGUAUUGUUUUAAAUUCCAAGAAGGAUGGUUUGAACAGUUCCUUCUCCUUUAAAAUUUUUUAGUUACCUUAAAUUUUAAGCAUCUCGAUGCAUUUAAAAAAAAAUCUUAAUUGGUGAUUAGAGAGAUUUUAAGCAAUACAAGUCCUGUUUGGAUUCUGGACUUAAACGGUACUGUGAGAUCCCACUCCUGGGGUUCUCGGCUCUGCAUGUGAGAAGUGUGUGAUGGGCUUGAGACAUGGGUCCUCUGAGGAAGACGCUGAUGUGCGAAGCAGGCCCUCUGUUUUUUCUUUUUUAAAAAAUUCUGUGUGAAUUAUAACGGACAGAAAAUAAUAGUGGUUGUUACAGUCACAUACAAAAAGAACGUUUGAAUCCUCCAAGGUUUUUAAAAUAGGAGAUGCUGUGCUGCUUAGGAAAGGAAUUCAGGGGAACAAAACACCUCAAGUAUGUCACUCCUCAUGUCGUUCUUCCACGGGGACUGUUACGGCCGUAUGUUAUAGUAAGAUUUAAAUUGGCCACAUUGUUUGUUUCAGCAAGUUAUUAUAUAAAGUGCUAUAAAUUAUGUAUAUGUUACAAGAAUACUUUAAGAGAUCUAUACCCAAAGUUGUUUUGUAUAUUUCAAUGCUUAGCUUUAU